CUACACCGCAGUUAACGCAACUCUCGCUGCCACUGCUCCUUGGCUUCGACGGCCAUGCUCGCUGAGCUGUCGUCUCAAUCGCCACCAUGUCCUCCUCGUCCUCGAUGCAGCAGCGCAAGGAGGAGAUCUUGGCCAAGAAGGCCAAACUCGCGGAGCUGAAGCGUCAACGUGAGCUGCGACAGCGAGAUCUGUCGACCAACCGCCAGAGUCUGGACGCCUCAGACGCCUUCGUUGCUCCAUCGCCGCAACGCUCGUCGGCGACCAAGCGCGAAGAUAUUGAGUCGCUGAUCUCGUCGCUCGUCGAUCGACCCUCCUCUACCACGCCGGCCACCCCUACUUCCAAGCUCCGUUCCAACACCACCUCACAUCACUCUGAGGAUGGCCAUACGCCGCCGCCCCGGUCUUCUGAUGGCUCAAACGAGCCUCAGACACUAUCGUUCGCCGCCCUGACCACCGUGUUCGAGAUUCCCGUCGAGUCGAAACCAGAAUAUAUCACAUAUAGUAAAGGCGUGCAGACAGCAGACGCUUGGCAACAGAGCGGCGGCGAGAGCCCUGCCGAAGGUAGCGACCCAGAUACGAGAUCCACCAGCCCAUCACGCCGGCGCAGGAACUUAAGCCCGCGCGCCCGGGAGCUGCAGGAGGAGGAAAUUCGCCAACGCUUGCGUCAGGAGAUUGAAGAGGAGCUCAGGUCACUGCAAGCGCACGAGCACGUGGCUCCUGAUAAGGAACGUUUCCCAGCGCGAUCACUGGCUCCAGAGGAGCUCAGCGCAGUGACAAGCAGCAAUGAUUUUCUGGACUUUGUGGAACGCAGCAGCAAAGUCAUUGAGCGAGCACUGGAUGAGGAGUACGACGUGUUGGCUGACUACGCUGCUCAUGCUCGCGCGGCAGACGACGACGAGGAUGAGUACGUGGGACGAAGGGGUAGAAGAGUGAAGGAGGUGGCAUCUUUCGAUCUGCAACCCGAGAUGGGGAGAAAACGCAUGAUCAGCGAUAUUGACUUCAGCCCAAAAUUCCCGGAACUGCUGUGCACUGCGUACACAAAAUCGCAGUCCUCACCACAUACCCCACCUGGCCUCCUGAAUGUCUGGAACUUGCAUCUCAAAGGCCGGCCAGAGUACAGCUUGCAUGCCACAUCUGAUCUACUUUCGUGCCAAUUCCACCCCUUUCAUCCCUCACUGAUCCUGGGUGGUACGUACAGUGGACAGCUGUGCCUCUGGGAUACCCGUGCCCGCAAUCAACGAACAGGCGAACCGGUUCAGAAGACACCACUCACAGGAGGCAGAACUGGGCAUGCACACCCCAUAUACAGCCUAGCCACGGUCGGCACACAAAAUGCCAGCUCAGUGGUUUCUGUCAGCACCGACGGGGUGGUGUGUGCAUGGUCCACAGAUAUCCUGACGCAGCCUCAGGAGUAUCUUGAACUACACGCUCCAAAUCCUUCGGCAUAUAAGACCGACGACAUUGCUCCGACCUGCAUAUCAUUUCCAGCAUCCGAUCCGACGUAUUUCCUUGCAGGAACAGAGCAAGGGUCUAUUUUUCCAGUUCACAGAUACGACCGCGCGGGUGCCAAAUCUGGCGUCGACGCUCGCACGAGCUAUCGUGGACACGAAGCGCCAGUCACUGGCAUUGAUUUUCAUCCUGCGCGGGGCAAGAUUGACCUUGGAGAUUUGUUUGUUAGUUGUGGUCUCGAUUGGAGCGUGAAAAUUUGGCGCGCCCGACCGCCAUCAACCACGUCCAGCACCAUCUCCGGCAACACAGAGAUUGUGAAACCAUUGUUAGAGAUUCAGCGCGAGGACAGUGUUUACGAUGCUAAGUGGUCACCUACGAAACCUGGAAUAUUUGGUUGUGUUGACGGACGUGGGCGAUUUGACAUUUACGACAUUAAUGCCAGUUCUGAAGUUCCGGUAGCUGGUGCGAAACCGAGCCACCAGGAGAAGGAUAUCUACGCAUUGAAGAGCUUGAACAAGCUUGCAUGGGAGAAGAACCAAGGGCGACAUGCAGCUGUUGGUGGGUUGGAUGGCGUGACGACUGUAUUUGAGGUCGGAAGCGAACUCGGUGGUGUGGAUACCAAGAGCGAUGCAUGGCUGGGAGUAAAGAAGUUUGUGGCGAGGCAAACAAAGAGCAAGAUGGAAAUGUGAAGCCAUAGCAAAUGUCAAAUAAUGCUGAGAUACCCCAAUUUGCGUAGCAGUGAACAUGAAUGCACAAGGCUCUCUGAGAUAUUCCCGACCAGCCUCAGUCUCCUCCCGCGCCUCGCGUCCUUCGAAGCUCAUUGUUGUACCUAUUCGUGCCCACGCUGCAGCUGUAACUCGGUCAGUGGUUCUCAACAAUAAUUUGUAGUUACCGCUGAUGCGCCAAUGCGCUUGAAUAAAUGCCGUGAGUCUCCAGGUUCUGUAUCAGCAGCAGCAUCCUGUGUCUCUGCUCUUCAACGGGGAAGAUACGCAUGCGAUCGGGUUCCCUCGACUGGAGGGGCUCUCGGAUCGCCAUCUCGCACAGUUUCGAUGUCGGCUGGGACGACUUGAGAGGAUCACGCCUGACAAGUAGAGGAAAACGAUCACCCA